UUUUUGUUUUAAGACUCAGGCAGAGAGAUGGGUAAGGAAAAGUUUCACAUUAACAUUGUGGUGAUUGGCCAUGUCGACUCUGGCAAGUCGACGACCACCGGCCACUUGAUCUACAAGCUUGGAGGUAUUGACAAGCGUGUAAUCGAGAGGUUUGAGAAAGAAGCUGCUGAGAUGAACAAGAGGUCAUUCAAGUACGCUUGGGUGCUUGACAAGCUCAAGGCUGAGCGUGAAAGAGGAAUCACCAUUGAUAUUGCACUGUGGAAGUUCGAGACGACCAAGUACUACUGCACAGUCAUUGAUGCCCCUGGACACAGGGAUUUCAUCAAGAACAUGAUUACUGGAACAUCCCAAGCUGAUUGUGCUGUCCUUAUCAUUGAUUCCACUACUGGCGGUUUCGAAGCUGGUAUCUCCAAGGAUGGACAGACUCGUGAGCAUGCUCUCCUUGCUUUCACUCUUGGUGUGAGGCAGAUGAUUUGCUGCUGUAACAAGAUGGACGCCACCACUCCCAAGUACUCGAAGGCUAGGUACGAUGAAAUCGUGAAGGAAGUCUCUUCCUACUUAAAGAAGGUUGGGUACAACCCAGACAAGAUUCCUUUUGUUCCUAUCUCCGGUUUUGAGGGAGACAAUAUGAUUGAGAGGUCUACAAGCCUUGACUGGUACAAAGGUCCAACCCUUCUUGAGGCUCUUGACCAGAUCAAUGAGCCAAAGAGGCCAUCAGACAAGCCCCUCCGAUUACCCCUUCAGGAUGUCUACAUGAUUGGAGGAAUUGGAACUGUGCCCGUGGGGCGAGUUGAGACGGGUUCCAUUAAACCUGGAAUGGUGGUGACUUUUGCCCCAACUGGGCUCACAACUGAAGUUAAGUCUGUGGAGAUGCACCAUGAAGCUCUCCAAGAGGCCCUUCCCGGUGACAAUGUGGGAUUCAAUGUUAAGAAUGUUGCAGUCAAGGAUCUCAAGCGUGGGUUUGUUGCUUCAAACUCCAAGGAUGAUCCUGCCAAGGAGGCUGCUAACUUCACCUCCCAGGUUAUCAUCAUGAACCACCCUGGCCAGAUUGGCAAUGGCUAUGCCCCUGUUCUUGAUUGCCACACCUCCCACAUUGCGGUCAAGUUUGCGCAACUUCUGACCAAGAUUGAUAGACGAUCCGGAAAGGAGCUUGAGAAGGACCCCAAAUUCUUGAAGAAUGGUGAUUCUGGUUUGGUUAAGAUGAUUCCUACCAAGCCCAUGGUGGUUGAAACUUUCUCCGAGUAUCCUCCACUUGGUCGUUUUGCUGUCAGGGACAUGCGUCAAACCGUGGCUGUGGGAGUCAUCAAGAGCGUGGAGAAGAAGGAUCCUACUGGAGCCAAGGUCACCAAGGCUGCCCAGAAGAAGAAGUGAAUCAUACUGCAAGAGGUCUAUCCUAAUGAAUACAAUAAAUGGUUUAAGUCUGCUCCGUCAUCUCGCAACUUUUGUUCCCAGAACUGGGUUCUAGAUCGACGGUGGCAAAGCUAUUUCCGUUCUGUUUUUUUGCUUUUCUUUACAUGUAAAAUAAAUAAAUGUAUCUAAAAGAUCAGUCUAGAGACUUCGAUAAAGGUUCUCUUGAGAUCUUUAAGAUUAGUGGUUUAUAAGUAACAAAGUUAUGCAUUUCUAAGA